UGAAUGCUCAUAAUUAUUGUGAAUUCUGUUCUAUGAUUCUGUUUUACAUUUUUUCUGCAUCCCAACGACAGAAGAACAUUAUGAUGAUGUGCAUUAAUAAAAAUAAAGAGAAUUCUAAUGCAAGGAAGACAAACCAUUAAUUAUUGUGAAUUUUUAUUUUACUUAUUAUCUUUCUUGAGACGGAAGCAGUUGUUCGGAUAUACCCAAUAAGCUUUCACAACGUCAACACAAAUGGCAGAUAUUGACAAAGUGAAAGUUCUCGUCGUUGGAGACUCCGGAGUUGGCAAAACCUCCCUCGUUCAUCUCAUUUGUCACAAUCAGCCAUGCUACAACCCAACAGCAACCAUCGGCUGCUCUGUUGAAGUGAAACUGCAUGAAUACAGAGCAGGUACACCUUCAGAAAAAGAUUUCUUUGUGGAACUAUGGGAUAUUGGUGGCGCUGCUAGUCAUGCCAACAGCAGAUCAAUCUUUUAUCAUCAAGUUCAAGGUAUAAUUCUUGUUCAUGAUUUAACCAAUCGUAAGUCUCAUCAGAAUUUGAGGAAAUGGUUAGCAGAAACUCUAAGUAAAGACGACUUAAAACCUACCAAUGGCUACGACUUUGAUCCAGAACAAUUUGCCGGCAACCAAAUCCCGAUAUUAGUCAUUGGCACAAAGGUGGACUCGGCUCAGAUAUUACGAGAACGAAAUGCUUUACAGUUGUCCCAUAUAGCAGAAGAGUGUGGUGCAGAUGAGUUUAAUCUGGAUAGUUGGCAAGUCAAAUAUUUAGCUCCAGGUUCUACCAAUGCUGUCAAACUGUCCAGGUUUUUUGACAAAGUAGUUGAACGCAAACUCUCCAGCAAUCAGGUCAGUACAACUGAGACUAUUGGCUUUCGCCAAGGUUACCAGUUUUAAGAACGGGGGCUGCCAUUACGUAAGGCUUACAGAUCGAGUCUUUGGGUCACAUCAGCCCCCAACAGUCUAGAAGGAUGUGGAAAGCUUCUCAUGCUGACUGAUUUAACGUGACAGACUGACAAAAGCAUUGUAUUGUAUUGUGUUCAACAUUUGUUUUGGGGUGUGGACUUGGUCAGUGUUUUUAUGUUCAGUUAAACCAGUGGUUCUCAACCUUUUAAGUUCGGCGACCCCCUUUUAACAAUCCCCCACUCUGCCGCGACCCCCACCCACCCACACACACACAUACAGCAAUAGAAGAGUAGACAAUAACAAUCCAUAUUUUCGAUGUCUUAGGCUACACCUGGCAAAUGGUCAAUCGACCCCCCCAAAGGGGUCGCGACCCACAGGUUGAGAACCCCUGAGUUAAACAUUCAUUCUGAGUGUGGGUUCCUUCAUGCCGCACUUAAUAAAAAAUGUGCUAUCUGCAUGUGUCCAUCUGGAGCGUUGGUGUGUCUGUCUUCAUCGGUGUGUCAGUUACGCAAAGUGUCUACAAGGGUGUAUGUCAGUUAUACAAAGUGUCUGUAUACAAUGGUGUAUGUCAAGUAUACAAAGUGUCUGUAUACAAUGGUGUAUGUCAAGUAUACAAAGUGUCUGUAUACAAUGGUGUAUGUCAAGUAUACAAAGUGUCUGUAUACAAUGGUCUAUGUCAAGUAUACAAAGUGUCUGUAUACAAUGGUGUAUGUCAAGUAUACAAAGUGUCUGUAUACAAUGGUGUAUGUCAAGUAUACGAAGUGUCUGUCUACAAUGGUGUAUGUCAGUUACAAAGUGUCUGUCUACAAUGGUGUAUGUCAGUUAUACAAAGUGUCUGUGUAUGUAUGAAUCAUUUUAUUUAUUAUGUAGAUUACAUUAUUAAAAAUAAUGUCUAAAACUACACAUAUUGUACGAUGGGCGUAGUGGAGGGGGGGGGGAUGUUCUGGAUUCAACCCCCCCACACACACACGCAGGGAAGGGGUUAAUUUGGUGAAUGUAAUUUUUUUUUUUUUUAACUAAAGGAGAACUAAAUUCAUAAAAUAUUCAAACAAUAAAUACUAAAGGAAAUUACAGUUACUAAAUUCUAUGAGCCUAGCCAAUGGCUGUUUUGAGCUUAACCCCCCCCCCCCAACUACCACCACCAAAUAAAAAAAAAAAAAAAGCAAAGCUACAUUCAUCAAAUUUCAUCAACCAGUGGAUUAUCUUAGCUUAAAAAUCCCCCUCAAAAAAAUGUAGAUAAAAACUACUAUUGCCAAAUUCCAUGAUCACAGCCAUGGGUUUUUGAGAAUGUUGAUCUCGUCUCCCAAAUCAUAUAAUAAUAAGGCUUGUCUUUGAGUGGGAAGAUCAAUCAGGAAUGCAGUAUUUCCCAUGGCUAUGGAGAGCCUACAUCCCCUCUCCCUAAUCAUAAAACUAAAGCUAAACUACAAUUACCAAAUUUCAUGAUUGUGUGGAGGGGAGUUUGAGAUUUAACCCAUCCCCACUAAAAGUCACUGGGCUCCAUUAAUAUAAUAAAUCUAACGCAAAAUACUGUCAUCUAAUGCCAGGCGAGGGUUGAGGUUUUACUUAACCUGUGUGUUCAACUGAAGUCUUUAAGUGAUUGGUAUGCCUGAGUUGUUUUUUUUUUUUAGUUAAUAAAAUGUAUCUGCUUUUUAACCCUUAAGGCGCGUGUGGUCUCCAAACAUUAGAAUUGCAAUUCCAUUUUGUAUGCCCUCAUUGUAAAAUAGCUCAGCACUUUAAGGGUUAAUGGACUGUGUUUGUAUGUAUAUGUUUACGUGAAUAUGCUUGUGGGAGACUGAUGUACUUGGUUAAGAUGCUAUUUUUAGAAGAAAAAAAAAUGGAGUACCUGUACUUUGUAUUAAAGAAGGGAAUGACAGAUGAAAGAGGAGACUUGAGAUGAAGACACGAGGGAAUGAUGAAUGACAGGACUAGUAGUUGAGAAUUAUGUUACUAUGGAUACUGUGUAUUUUAAUUUGUAUUUUGUAUACCUCUUCUGUAAAUAUUUGUAAUAAAAGUGAUGUUUAUUUUG